AGUGUCAGCUGACCUCACUGUGUUAAGAAACUCUCCAGUACCAUCAUGUCUCGUAUCGGUGAUCAAUGUAUGGAUCGAUUACAGCGGGUAUGACAGCGUGAACAACAUGUACUGAAUUCAUAUUAUAUCUAAAAACAUUCUCCAGCAGUUGUCCUCCUGAAUCCGAGUCUACCUGAAGCGGGUCUGACACCAUGCUAGCCACAGUGACUGCUGUGGUUAGGUUUGCUCAAUACAAUGGCAGUAUUUCACCUACACCGUUUGAGAACACGUCAACAUACACAACCUAUCAACCUGAUACCAACAUCAGCAAGCCUCACAAAUGUCUACAAGUUCUGUACGAGAAUGUUGGGGACUCCAGGGUGCGGUUCUGGGACAUUUUACUGCUCGUGCCUAAUGUGGCCUUCUUUGUAUUCCUGAUGUGGAAGCUGCCCUCAGCCAGGGCAAAGAUUCGACUCACCUCCAGCCCCAUCUUCGUCACCUUUUACUUGCUGGUGUUUGUUGUAGCAGGGGUUGGGAUCACCCGAGCGGUGGUGUCUAUGACUGUCAGUGCGUCCAGUGCUGCCACCAUCAUAGACAAAGUGCUGUGGGAAAUCACCCGCUUCUUCUUGCUGGCUAUUGAGCUCAGCGUUAUCAUCCUGGGACUGGCUUUCGGUCAUCUGGAGAGCAAGUCCAGUAUAAAGCGAGUGCUGGCGAUCACCGCUGUGCUGGCUCUGGGCUACUCCAUCACACAGGGCACACUAGAGAUCUUGUAUCCAGACAAGCACCUGUCUGCUGAGGACUUCAACAUCUACGGUCACGGAGGACGCCACUUCUGGUUGGCCAGCUCCUGCUUCUUCUUCCUGGUGUACUCUUUGAUUGUGAUCUUGCCUAAAACUCCAGUGAGGGAGAGGAUAUCUCUUCCGUCUAAGAAGAGUUUCUACGUGUAUGCUGCCAUCCUGUCUUUACUGAACUUCGUCCAGGGCCUGGGCAGUGCUCUGCUAUGUGCUGAAAUCACAGAGGGACUCUGCUGUGUGGAUGUCACCACCUUCCUGUACUUCUCCGCCUUUGCUCCGCUCAUUUAUGUCACAUUCCUCAAGGGCUUCUUUGGUUCAGAGCCCAAGAUCCUGUUCUCCUACAAGUCACAGGUGGAUGAGCCGGAUGAAAGCGACGUCCACCUUCCCCCGACCGUCGCUACGACCAUUGGCCGCAAGGAGAUGACUGACCAGGGCCUCUUCUACUCCUCCACCCAGAUCGACGGCUCUGGUCCCGGCAGCUCUCGUAUGGUGGGAGCGUACCUGGAUGAUGUUGCCUCCGGACCCUAUGGGUCCAGCAGCGUUAACAGCAUUGAAGCUGACCGCUGGAGACCCGUCAAUGCGUGAAUGAAUGAAUGAAUGAAGGGAGGUGGUUAUACAGCUGGACCUAAAUGUUGUAAUGUGUGUAAUGCUGGGUGGCCAAAAAAAUGUAGUUGGACACCAAGAACGGGUAACCUUGGUCUUUGCUUUGACGUCAGGAUAAGUUAACAAGUGGACACUUAAGGAGAGACCUUUGCUAGCCAUUUAUGUGGAGGACUGUGAAUUUAGCGACUGCUUUUGUAACACUGUUGCCAGAGUGCACUGCUGCUGUAGCGCCACGCUAGGAGUACUGUCCCUGAUCGUGGCCCCCGACAGACUCCCUUAUGAUUCUGUUCAACGGGCUCUUAAAUGUGGGCGCUUACCGACUCUUCAUUCCAGCAUCAACUGCUCAAUCCUCAAUAAUGAAGUUUUGACCCUAUUUUAAGUACCCAAGUCUUUAAAAUCUAACAUUCUUUUGAUGAGAACUCAACAUCUGUACAUUCCCGCUCAAAGCUUUGAGUAACAGCAUCUCAACUGACUUUGUUAUCCACUGCCUGGUAGGGCUGCACGAUUAUGGCCAAAAUGAUAAUCACGAUUAUUUUGAUCAAUAUAGAGAUCACGAUUAUUUAUCACGAUUAUUCAUUGAUUUUUUCAUUUUUUUUUUCGUUUCCCCCGUCUACUCGCGGGUCGACCCACAACCCAUCGGGCGUAUUCGGGUGAGCUUACUAGAAAAAAAUUGUGGGUUUGGGUGGGCGGGUAAAAAGUGACAAAGCAGCGUUCCGAAUAAGUUAUUAAUAACUUACAGAAACAUUGUGUGCAAUAGUCCACCUCGUAAUGCGCUGUCAAGAGGUCGUGGUCAUUUCACGAAUCUUCGUUAGAUCACGUUGUUUAGGAAGCGAUUGAUUUGAUAUGCAGCGGAGUUUUCUAUGAGUGGACACGCAUUUCGAACGUCAAUAUCGCAUUCGAUCGUGAUUAAUAUUCGAUUAAUUGUGCAGCCCUACUGCUUCGUGUUAGGUUUUGGGACCCAACUGGCUUAUCAUUUUUUGCUGAAUCAUCGUGCCUCUCCACACACGGCAAGGACUAGUGCAAAUCAUUUUGAUAGAUGUACUAUGUCUUCUGAAAUGGGAACAAGUGAGAGGUGUUAGCAUGAUGUGUGUCACUGCAAUAUCAUAAGAAAAUCAGUAACUCCAGAGCAAAUCUCAAAUUGUGUCUCCGCUACAGGCUCGCUUACCUGUCAUUUCUCUCCUCUUUUUAUUUAUUUCGGGGCUUUUGCUUUAAUUCCUUGUACCAGAUUAAUCAUUCCUGCUGCUGAAAGCACAUUUGUUAGCUUCGUAGUCAUUAAGAAUGUGCUAUUGCGUGCGUGAUUUGAGCGACAAAUGUGCAGAAACCUUUUUUGUGUGUAUCCCAAAUUAGACGUGACCUCAUUCCAUAUCUGCAUAUCUAGUUCAGCUCUGCUUGCUGCAGAAGGGUUGCUGUUUCAACAUUUUUAAUUUUCUGCCAAUAUCUUUUUUUCCCGUGUUCAGAUUUUCCACAGAUGUUAUUACUAGUGCUCAGAUUAGACUAUAAACAAUAUUGCUCAAUUUUAUGGUAUCAAAUGAGGGUGUUGAUACAAUGUCAUUAUAUAGAUAUUAAGUAGAUAUAUUUAAAUCCCCCCUGAGCAAGAGAGGCUCAGGCAACUGGUAUGUUAAAGAUGAGUGACUUUAAAAAAGACAGUGAUCAAUUCUAGGCUUAAGUUGUUUGCUUCUUGGUUCAGCUCAUGAAAUCAGCUCUUGUCAUACUUGGUAUUACCACAAUAUCAUGCUUUAGUGUUUUUCAACCACCACACAUCGCAUUUACUUAUUCCUAUACCACGGUGUAUUCCCCCUGAAAAUGCUAUAUGCUCGGUAUGAAUGAACUACUGUAUUUAAGCUCGCAGUAUUCAUAGAUAUAGGGGUGACCUGUAUGCAGAAACUAUAGAGAUAAAUUUAUUUUUUCAUGUUAAAAGCAACAACGCAGUAAAGAAGUUGUGUAUUUCCACAAGAAAUUACAGUAUUUGCCUGACUCUUAGAAAUAUUAUAUAUUCAAAUUUGAGUGCUGGUGAUAGCUGCUGUAUAAGUUACUAUAGUGAUUGGGAAAUCAGUUUGCUGAUUCAUGACAUGAGUUGCAUCGUUUAUGGGAGUCCUCUCUCUCUUGAUAGACAAGAUUUUUUUGGUGUUGAAAUCAUUUUGCAAAUGAUGUGUAAAUUUGCCUUUUUUUUAAGUGCAUUGAUUGUAUAAUAUUCAGCCCGUAUUAAUGCAAUGUAUUGAGCAUUCCGUGACCUACAGAAUAAACCAUGGACUCUUGGA